GCUUCACCUCUGGAAACUGAUGAAAUGCUCCCACUUGAGCCAAAACUCAUCUUCCACCGCAGCACAGAGCAAAUCUGGGGCUGUCAGCAGGGCUGGGUGUUAUUUUAAAAACAACUUUAGCUCACUGGAAUCAUUUUCUGGCCCCUUUAAUGUCCAUUUUGGUCAGCUUCCUGAAAAACAAAAGGAAAAAUCAUAUUGAGGAAGUACUGGUUUUGCUACUUUCAGGAAAUCCUCAAGACUUUAUUCACUGAGACAAAGUGAGAGGAGACGAACCGAGAACGGCUUCAACUACAUGCAGGGUCUCAACAUGAAACCACAACACCUACGUCAGCUUUCUGUCAUUCGGACCUGGAUCGUUUGGCUUCUCUGCUCUUCUGUGUGUUCAGGAAUGAGUGAACCAACUCUUAGAUUGAAGAGAGGAGUGUUUGUGGCCUUCUCGGGAGAAGAUCUCAGCAUCAACGUCACCCUGACAAGUCCGGUUAAUCAGACUGAAGAUGUCCUACUUUGCGUCGAUCCUUCUGGCAACGAGCUGCAUCGCUUUGACAUCCCAAAAGUAGGAAGUGUUCCUCUGAUAGCCAAUCGGACAAUCCCUCUGAAGAACCUGAGCAGCUCAGGAACAUACCACUGCUCCUUUAAAGGGGCCAGGGUGACCUGGUUUGUACGAGUCAGAGCUAAAGGCUACAGGGAGCCCGUGAUGCAUGACUACACGGAGUUCAUCACUAUGGCCGUCUUCACCGGUGUGCUGCUGCUAUUCAGCAUCUUCGGCUCCAUUUACGUCUGCAGAGGACAUUGGAAGGAGACUUUCCCUGAAAGUGGCGACAGUGACAGAAACAGAAAACACACCACAAACACAGAACCAGAGGAAGACCCCAUGGACAUGACGACAGCUCAGUCCACUUCUUUCUAUGCUAGUCUAGAACCUCGGCCCAGAUCCAUCUACGAAGUGCUGGACCGCUCAGCUGUCAGAACAGAGUCAAACAAAAAGAAGCCCAAAUCCCUGAAGAAAACGGCAGAAGAUGCUGCAGCACAUCAGGAUGGAGGCAUCGAGUGUGUUUAUGAGAACUUUCAGGACUAAAAUAAAUUCGUUGUAAGUUGAAUGUUCUGUUAAGACUGAUACUGAAUAAACAAAUAUGCUGUGCAAGACAGUAACAUAACUUUUUGUCAAUAAAUAUGUUGAAUUCAA